AUGGACGAGGUGCAAACAAUAGAGGCGGCCGUGCUGUCGUUCUACCGCGGCGGUUCCGAGCAGCAGAAAGAAACGCACAAAUGGCUCCAGCAAGUGCAGAACAGCCCCCACGCGUGGUCCUUUUGCUGGGAGCUGAUGCAGCUGAACAAAUCGUCCGAGGUACAGUUUUUCGGCUCCAUCACGCUCAACUCGAAGCUGCGGAACGAUUGGGCCGAAGUGCCGAAGGAAGCGCACCAUGAGUUGAAACAGAAGCUACUCGAAACGAUCGUCGUGUUUGGCAAUGGCCCCAAAAUAGUGCUGAAUAGGCUGUGCAUUUCGCUGGGCCUUUUCAUCGUGCACAUGCUGCGACACCCGACCGUAAUCGAGGAAGUGACCAGCAUGUUUCUGAACCAACAGCUCGGCACCCUGUCCAAGGUGACUCAGAUCGAAAUUUUGAUGUGCGUACUGGAGGGCAUUCCGGAGGAAGUGAAGAACGUUCGGACGCAGAUCCCCCGGGCCCUGGUGUGCGAGGAGCUGAAUCGCAACGCCGAGUUCGUGAUGCAAACAGUUGUCACGUACCUGAACGAGAAGCUGAACCACACGGUGGAACCGCAAGACAUGAACGGCAUGAUCAAUGCGGCCAAGUGUACCGGAAGCUGGGUUCUGCACGGGAACGUCGGGCUCGAUGAGCGCGACAACUUGAUGCAGACGCUACUGAAAGCGAUCCAUUACUGCUACUGGAAGGAACCAAAGGAUGACGGUUGCCUGCUGCCCGACGACAACGAGCUCGCCGAAAUGGCCCUCAAAUCACUUGCUAGCAUUAUCUCGUCGUACUCCACGCAAAACUCGAAAUACUCCGUCACGAUCAUUCGCUUCAUGAAGAUGUUCCUCGACGUAUUGGUGCCGAUUCUCGAUGCCGAGUACAAGGAGUGCAACGAUAAUGAAAAUCUGGCCCUCAUGAUGUACGCUUUGUUCAUCUCAACGCUGGAGGGCUUUUCGUCGGCCAUCUUCGACGGUAUUGUGGCCGAAUCGGACGCGCACGAAGUCUACACACGCACGGUGGACAUGCUGAUCAAGUGUACCGACAAGCCCGGUACGUACCCGGUGGACGAGAUGUGCAGCACGUAUGCGAUGGAAUUUUGGUACCUGCUCCAGGAGGACGUCCUAUCGAUGGACACGAGCGAACACCGGAAGCGCUGCCACGAAGCCAUCAAGCCCGUGUACGCGCACGUGGUGAAGGUGUUGGUACGCAAAUCACAGCUUCCCACCGACUCGUCGAUGCACAAGUGGAACGACGACGAUCUCGAGGCCUUCCGAUGCUACCGUCAGGACAUCGGUGAUACGUUGCUGUCCUGCCACGACGUUCUGAACGAUAUGAUGCUGGACGUGCUGUCGGAAGCACUCGACGAGUCGAUCAUGUAUCUGAGCUACGAGCAGCAGCUACCGUCGUCGACCGACAGCUGGACACUGCUGGAGGCGACCAUCCAUGCGUUCUGCUCGAUCGCCCAGAAGAUCGAGUACGCCGAGCACCCGCAGAUCGUGAAGCUGCUGAAGGUUUUAAACGAGAUCCCGUACGAAAAGUACCACGACAAGCUCUUCGGCAUGGCACUGGAAACGGUCGGUGCGUACAGUGAGUGGUUCGGCGACAAUCCGAAGUAUCUGCCGUCGGCUAUCGCGCUGCUGGUGAAGGGUCUAAACUCGACCAGAGCAUCGCAGGCCACACUAGGAUUGAAGGAUCUCACCUCCGAGUGCCAAAAGGAAGUCGUUCCUUACGCUGUCCCCCUGCUCGAUGCCUGCAGAUCGACGCUCCAGGAAGGGCGCCUCAAGAGCUCCGAAAUGAUUCGCCUCAUGUACACCGUUGGCAACAUACUGAGCGUGAUACCGUACGAAAACAUUAUCGUCUACCUCGACGCCAUGGUAUCGCCGUGUUUCGCCGAGCUCCAGGUUCACGUGCAAAACAAUGACACCAGCGAGCCGACCAAGGCACGCGUCCUGCUGCGGCUCGAGAUGAUUUCGAAGCUGUUCUCGUCACUCAACAUCAACAAAACGGCAAACGCUAGUGGAGACACGGGCGAUAAAGUUGCCGGCCAGAAGCUUUGUCCUCCGCCGUCGGCUGUCACAGUGCCCGGGCCCGUGCAACCGAUACUGCUGAUCCUGCAGAAGACGAUGGACUUGUUGAAGGGCUUGUGCACGCUCUGGAUCCACGACGAGACGGUCAUCGACACACUGUGCAAAGCCCUACAGCAAGCACUGACCACCCUGAUGGACGACAUUAAGCCGCUACUGAAUGAAAUGUGUUGUCUGGUGCAGUCGAUACUCAACACCAACUGUGUUGUAUCAGCGGCGGACAUUGCGGGCAAUUUUAUUCUAAUGUUCUACAAAGACCAAGACUGUCGACAGUUGAUGGUGCAGUUGUUCACGGCAAUAAUGGAGUAUAACUUUGCCCAGAUGCAGCUGAACUCCGACAAACUGUCGCGAAUAGCCGAUCUGAUCGAAACGUUCUACGCGUUCAACACGAGAAUAUCAAAAAAGAUACCGAUCUGCUACAGCGAGGUACAGGUCGAUUGCAUGAAGCUGAUGGGCUACGCCACUAAGUGCAUGAUGCUUCCCGAAACGGCACCGAUGAAGAAGAGCGUCGCGUUCAUUACGAUGUUCGUGAAGGAAUCUCCGAAACAUACCGUCAUGAUGAACGUGGUGUUGGCGCAGGGUGAAAAUAUUCUGCGAUCAACCUUCCUUUGCAUUGGUGGUACGGCACUCCGUACACAAGUGGAGGUAUUUGCGGACAUUUUUCUAGCACUCAACAUUCGCUACCCGGCCGAGUUUGUGCAGUGGAUGAAGCUGCUGGAAAUCCCCAACUUCCCGACCGCGUUCGUGAGUGCAAACGAAAAGGAACAGUUUAUGAGGAAGGUUAUCAAGGAACGGGUCAAUAAACGGUUGGUGCAGGAUCAUGUGCGAAAAUUUGCUGCCGUCUGUCGGAACAUUAUUGACUACGAAGGCAAAUAGGGCACACCGGUGAACCGCAGAUACUUGGCAACAAAGCGGUAACAGCGUCGCACGGACACAAAUGUGAUUUUUUAGCUUUUAAUAGAAACAAAAAACCGAAAGUAAGCCCGAGCAACUUACACGCUGUAAAAAGUCAUCUUUAAACCCCGCAACCGAAGGGUUCUCCGGUAACAACUCCGGGACUCG